AUGAAUCUACACGGCGGCUCAGGCCAUCCCGAACCUAAUUCCGAACCACCUCCGGCAAUAUCUUCGAGUCCUCCGACACCGAAGCUGAAGAUUAGUCCCCGAUUGAAUCGAUGGUCCAUGACUCGAGCUUUACGAUCCGGUGUUAAAAUCGACCGUCCUCAAAUUCACCGUACUGAUAACCCACCUUGCCGUCAAGUAACGACGGAGGAAGCUGAUAAGAAGACGUCGUCGUCUAUUGACGGUGGUGAUGACGUGGAGAUAACGGCGGUUAAGUCUAUAUAUUUGGUUUCCGACGGGACUGGAUGGACAGCUGAGCAUUCCGUUAACGCCGCUUUGGGGCAAUUCGAUGAUCGAUUGGUCAGUCGUGGUUGCUCUGUUAAUACUCAUCUCUUCUCUUGGGUUGAAGAUGAGGAGAAGUUAAUAGAGAUUAUCAAGCAGGCGGCAAAAGAAGGGGCAAUGUGUUUCUACACUUUAGCAAAUCCUGCAAUGGCGAAAUCCUCGAAAGAAGCUUGCGAUCUACGUGGCGUGCUUUCUGUCGAUAUUCUAGGACCAAUCAUCGAAGGGAUUGCAUCUCACUUAGGUGUUUCUCCGUCAGGUCUUACUCGUGGAGCGCGUGAUAGGGUCAAGACUCUUAAUGAUGCAUAUUUCAAAAGAAUCGAAGCCAUUGAGUUUACCAUUAAGCAAGACGAUGGGACUCUACCCGAGAACUUAAGCAAGGCUGAUAUAAUUCUAGUCGGGGUUUCCAGGACAGGGAAGACGCCAUUGUCGACUUACAUUGCUCAGAAAGGGUACAAAGUCGCGAAUGUACCGUUUGUGAUGGGUGUGGAACCGCCCAAGACGCUCUUUGAGGUUGAACCGAGAAAGGUCUUCGGUUUGAAGAUUGAACUCAUUGUCCUGCAAGCGAUUAGGAGAACAAGGGCUAAAACGUUAGGGGUAGAUACAGAAGCAGAGAACAAUUACUCAGGGUUCGAUCUUGUUCGGAAAGAACUUGAUUUCGCAUCAAAGAUCUAUGCGAAAAACCCGGGGUGGGCUGUAAUAGAUGUGACGAAUAAGGCGAUUGAAGAAACCGCAGCUGUGAUUCUGCGGCUUUACCAUGACGGUAGCGACAGUAGUACUUCUGUACCCCGGAUAUCAAAACGCUACUAA